AUGUUACUAGCCUUGACGGAAGGUUCCAGUUUUUCCAAAAAAGAACGCAGACACGCGGAUUGCCCGUGCCUUUUGGUGUACCCCGUUUGUGCCGCGUCCUGUGCCCCCGAGUUCAUUUUAAUAAGGGGUGUAGAGAUUGGGUGUUUCCACAAUCAAACCGUCCGUGAAGAGUGCUUGAUUCACGGACAGCGAGGCUGCCCGCAUGUUCAAUCGUUGCCCGCAAGCGGAGCUCCCACCGGCGGGUUUGAAGACACUGAGCCGAGCGCGCCGGCGGCGGACCGCCGCCGGCAGACUCGACCCUCCCGCGCCCCGCUCCUCGAGCCGACGCACCGCACACACCACCGUCACCGCUCGCGCAUCGGCGCGCUCUCCCUCGUCUUCUUUGGCUGGGUCGUGCCGCUGCUGCGAGUCUCGUGGCGCAAGCAGCUCGGCGAGGAGGACUUGCUGCCGCUCUGGUGGCGAGACGAUGUGGAGCGCAACGCGAGGAGAGGCGCAGACCUGUGGGAGCAGCGCCGCGGCGCCUUCAGGCACAUCUUCUGGCAGACGUGUGGCGGCCAGUUCCUCUUGGGCGGCGUGUACUGCAUUCUCAGUGACGCCUGCUCGCUCGGGCAGCCGCUGCUGCUGCGCUCGUUUCUGAGCGACUUUGUGCAGGAUCCGAGCGCGCCGUGGUGGCUGGGCGCCGCGUAUGGCGCCGCGCUCGUCGCGUGCUCCUUCUUCGCCGCCCUGUUUGACGUGGCUGGCCACUUCAUCGGCUCGAGGCAAGCGGUGCGCACAGAGACCAUCCUGAAGACGCUGAUGUUCAACAAGGCGCUGCGCCUCUCCGCCGCCUCGCGAGGAGCCUUUGGCGUGGGCGACGUGCUCACGCGCAUGUCGGUCGACGUGCAGCGCGUCUCCGACCUCAUUCCCUGGCUCCACUACUCGUACUCGCCCUUCCUGAUGCUGGGCGUCGCCCUGUCGAUGCUCGUGACGCAGGUUCGCCUCGCCCUGGUCUUCGGGCUCGCGGUGGUGCUCGUCAUGAUGCCGCUCGCGGCUGUGGUGAUCGCCAAGUCUUACGCGCUCGAGGAGGUACUCAUGAAGCGCCGCGACGAGCGCACCAAGCUGAUGUCGGAGAUCCUGCGCGCCGCCAAGGGCGUCAAGGCCUCGGGGCUCGACGCGCCGCUGGGUGCGCGCGUGCAAGCGGUGCGAGGGAAGGAGCUGACGACGCUGCGCCGCACGCAGUACCUCAACGCGUUGCAGGGCUUCUUCUGGUCGGCAAUUCCACCCCUCCUCUCCACCGCCGUGUUCGCAUCGUACAUCCUCCUCCCGCCCCACCUCGCGUGCGGCUCGUCGCCGCCCGGGCUCAGCCACUGCCCAAUCACGCCGGCGGUCGCCUUCUCGACGCUGCUGCUGCUGCAGCUGCUCCACGAGCCGCUCCUGAUCAUGCCGUACAUCGUCAGCGAGCUGCUCAACGCCGCCGUCUCCCUCCGGCGCAUCCGCCGCCUCCUGCUCGCCGACGAUGCCCCCCCAAACUCGCCGACGACGCCCGCCACCUCCCACCUCGCCCCGUCGGGACUCGCCGCGCCUCCGUCGCUCCCCGCGCUGACCGACGGCAAGGCCCUGGAGGCGGUGAACCUGAGCGUGCGUGAAGGAGAGCUAAUCGCUGUCAUCGGCGAGGUUGGCUCGGGAAAGACAGCCCUCCUGCUCGCGAUGCUUGGAGAGCUUGUGCGCACGGAGGGCGGCGGUUCGGCCUCCGCUGUUUGCGACGCCCGCCAAGAGGUGGCGUACGCUCCGCAGGAGGCGGUGAUUGCGUCGGGCACCGUGCGCGAGAACAUCGUGUACGGCCGGCGGUUCGACGCGUCGCGCUACGCUGCGGUCCUCAAGGCGUGCGCGCUGGAGACCGACCUGGCGCAGCUGGGCAGCGGCGACUUGACAAGGGUGGGCGAGAAGGGGGUGAUGCUAUCGGGCGGGCAGCGGCAGCGCGUGGCGCUCGCGCGCGCGUGCUACUCGCCGGCGCCGAUCUUGCUGCUCGACGACCCUCUCUCCGCCGUCGACCGCGCCAUCGCCCACCACCUAUACCGGCAUGUGCUCCGCGGCUGGCUGCGCGGCCGAACCGUGGUCUGCGUGACGCACGCCCUCACCUUCGUGUCGGGCUUCGAUCGCGUGCUCGUCAUGCAGCACGGCCGCAUCGGCCUCACUGGGACGGUUCGGCAACUGGCGGAGCAGGGGCUCGACCUGGAGGAGCUCGUCGCGGGCACCGCCGCGCCCGACAGCGCGGCCGACGGCGUCGACCAAGCUCAAGGGGGAAGCGGGGCGCCGAGUGUGGAGGCCGCGGCGGAGGCAGCCGCUGUGGAGGCGGUGGAGGAGGUGCGGCUGAAGCAGGAGGAGCGCGCGUCGGGCGCCGUCAAGUGCGCCGUGUUGGGCCAUUAUAUCAAGGGCUCGGGCGGCGCGCUGGCGGCGGUCCCUUUCGUGCUCUGCUUCCUCGUGCAGGCGGCGCUCGAGCGCGGUGCCGACCUGUGGCUCGGCUUGUGGUCGAGCGGCGAGGCGGACGAUGCGGCGGGCGCCGGCAGCCCUCGAUCGCGCGUGGAGGAGCUGCAGCCGCUCUACCUGUACCUCGGGCUCUCCCUCGGCUCGGCCGGCACGACGAUGCUGAUCCUCCUCCUCGCGGCGCACACCAGCUGGCGCGCGAGCGGCGCGCUGCACGCGCAGCUGCUCGAUGCGGUGCUCGGCGCACGGCAGGCCUUCUUCGACGCGACGGCAGUUGGGCGCAUCCUCAACCGCUUCACGCGGGAUACAAACACCAUCGACGAGCAGGUAGGCUGGACGCUCUUCCACUCGGUGCUUCAGCUCCUCGAGCUCCUGUCGAUGCUCGGCGUGCUCGUGCUCGUCACGCGCACGUUUGCGCUCGCCGCGCUGCCGCUCCUCUUGCUCUUUGUGCAAAUUGGACGAGCCUAUCGCCCCGCCGGCCGCGAGCUCGAGCGGCUCGUCGCAGUGCGCAACUCGCCCCUCUUCCAGCUCUUCACCGAGGCGCUGCAUGGCGCGCCGCUCAUCCGUGCCGCGCGACUCACGUCGCUGCACGAGCGGCGAUACCGCUCGGCGCUGCUGCGUGCUGAGCGAGCGCGCUUCAGCCGCGGCGCCGUGCAGCGAUGGCUCGACCUGUCGGUGCAGCUGCUCGGCUCGUGCAUGGUCGCUCUCGUUGUAGCCUUCGCCGUCGCCGCUCGCGCCACGGAGGGCGCGGAAGCGGUGGCCGGCGGGCUCAUCGGGCUCGCGCUCUCUUACGGCCUCGGCAUCGCCUACGCGCUGCAAGGCGCGCUGCAGGUCGUGCUGCGCCUUGAGAUCGACCUCGUCUCCGUCGAGCGGAACCUACAGCGGUCCGCGCGUGUGCAUAACGUCGAGCCUGCACCGCUCUGCGACGCGUGGCCCGACGCAGGGCGACUCGCCUUUGUUGACGUGACGCUGCGCUACCGACCGGAGCUGCCGCCGGCGCUGCGCGGCGUGUCCUUCUCCGUCGAGGCUGGCGAGCGGCUCGGCGUCGUCGGCCGGUCGGGCUCGGGCAAGAGCUCGCUCGUGUCUGCGCUGCUGCGGCUCGUCGAGGUAGAGAACGGCGCCAUCUCGGUGGACGGCGUCGACGUGCGCAGCGUGCCGCUGGCCAGACUGCGCGCGGGUAUCGCCGUCGUGAUGCAGGACGCCGUCAUGUUUUCGGGCGACCUCCGCUACAACCUCGACCCGGCGAGGGCGUGCACCGACGAGGCGCUCACGCGCGCCCUGCGGCGGGUGAGGCUGUGCGCCGAGGCGGACGACGCGGCCGAGAAGCUCAAGGAGGCGGUCGGCGAGGGCGGCGACAACUGGAGCGCCGGGCAGCGCCAGCUCAUCUGUCUGGCGCGCGCGAUUCUGCGCGGCGCCAAGGUGCUCGUCUGCGACGAGGCGACCUCGUCCAUCGACGCAGAGACAGACGGCGUCGUUCAAGGCGUGCUUCGCGAGCGGCGCGCGACGAUGCUCGUCAUCGCCCAUCGCCUCGAGACGAUCCUCGACUUGGACCGCGUGCUGCUCAUGGACGCGGGCGCCGUCGCCGAGGAGGGGCCGCCAGCAGAACUCGCGGCGAGGGUGGGCGGCAGCUUUGCCGCGCUGCUGGGGUCGAGGGGAGAGGGGAUCCCCGGCCGAGGGUGA